AUGGCCAUGGCAAUGUCGAACAAGGAUUCCGGCUGGUGGCUCUUUACCAUACCAGCUUUCCUCGGCUCCGAAACUUUACUUGACGCGUACAUCAUCCUCUCCCUAAUCGCCGCCUUCGUCUCCGUCACCCUCCUCACCUGGGCCCUCUCCCCCGGCGGCUCCGCCUGGCGCAACGGCCGCAACCGAGCCCCCGGCGCCUCCGUCCCCAUCCCCGGACCCCGCGGUCUCCCCGUUCUCGGCAGCCUACUCGACCUCGGUCGCGGCCUGGCUCACCGCCGUCUCGCCGCUCUCGCCGCCUCCGCCGGCGCCCGCACCCUCAUGGCCUUCAGUCUCGGUUCCACCCCGGCCGUGGUCGCCUCCGACCCCCGCAUCGCCAGGGAGAUCCUCGCCUCCCCGGGCUUCGCCGACCGGCCCGUCAAGCAGUCGGCCCGCAGCCUCAUGUUCGGCCGCGCCAUCGGUUUCGCCCCCAGCGGCGCCUACUGGCGCCUCCUCCGCCGCAUCGCAGCCUCCCACCUCUUCUCCCCCCGCCGCGUCGCCGCCCACGAGCCUGGCCGCCUGGCCGACUGCGCCGCCAUGAUCCGGGCCGUCGCGGCCGAAUCGGACAGCGGAGGCCCGGUACACCUCCGUUCUCACCUCCAGGCGGCGGCCCUGAACAACAUCAUGGGCAGCGUUUUCGGGCGGCGGUACGACCCGGCCCGCGACGGCGCGGAGCUGGCCGAGCUCCGGGACAUGGUCGGCGAAGGGUUCGAGCUUCUCGGCGCCUUCAACUUCUCCGAUUACCUGCCGUGGCUUUCCUACUUUUAUGACCAUAACAAUAUUGUCCGCCGCUGCCAGGCCCUCGUGCCACGUGUCCGGAAUUUCGUCAAAGCCAUCAUUGACCAGCACAAGCUGAAAAGGUUGUCCGGAGCUAAUAUUUCUGAUGACGCUGAUUUCGUCGAUGUCUUGCUUUCCUUGGAGGGAGACGAGAAGCUUGAUGAAGAUGAUAUGAUCGCCGUUUUAUGGGUGCUUUUUUCCAUUUCAUUAUAA